CCUGCACUGCCGGUCCCGGCGGCUCUCCGAACGAACUCACUGAGCGACGCGGCCAGACCAUGACCCUGGGGUCGCUGCUGCUGCUGCUGGGGGCGCUGGGGGCGCCACUUGCCCCAGGCGCCCGCGGCUCGGAGGCGGAGGGCCGACUCCGCGAGAAACUUUUCUCAGGCUAUGAUAGCUCGGUGCGGCCGGCGCGGAAGCUGGGAGACCGCGUCGGGGUCAGCAUUGGUCUCAGCCUGGCACAACUCAUCAGCCUGAACGAGAAAGAUGAAGAGAUGAGCACAAAGGUGUACUUAGAUCUGGUGUGGACCGACUACAGGCUGAGCUGGGACCCUGCCCAGCACGAUGGCAUCGACUUGCUCCGCAUCACGGCUGAAUCCGUGUGGCUACCUGAUGUGGUUCUGCUGAACAACAAUGACGGGAAUUUUGACGUCGCUCUGGAUAUUAACGUCGUGGUGUCCUCCGACGGCUCCGUACGCUGGCAGCCCCCGGGCAUCUAUCGAAGCAGCUGCAGCAUCCAGGUCACCUACUUCCCCUUCGACUGGCAGAACUGCACCAUGGUGUUCAGUUCCUACAGCUAUGACAGCUCAGAGGUCAGCCUGCAGACGGGCCUGGGUCCUGAUGGGCAGGAGCAGCAGGAAAUCCACAUUCAUGAAGGAACCUUCAUUGAAAAUGGCCAAUGGGAGAUUAUCCACAAGCCCUCUCGGCUAAUCCAGCCUCCAGGGGAUCCUAGGGGAGGGAGGGAAGGACAGCAUCAGCAAGUCACCUUCUACCUCAUCAUCCGCCGGAAGCCUCUCUUCUACCUGGUCAAUGUCAUUGCUCCGUGCAUCCUCAUCACUCUCCUGGCCAUCUUUGUCUUCUACCUACCCCCUGAUGCAGGAGAGAAGAUGGGGCUCUCAAUCUUUGCCCUGCUCACCCUUACUGUGUUCCUGCUGCUACUGGCAGACAAAGUGCCUGAGACCUCCCUGUCGGUACCCAUCAUCAUCAAGUACCUCAUGUUUACCAUGGUCCUCGUCACCUUCUCGGUCAUCCUUAGCGUCGUGGUCCUCAAUCUGCACCACCGCUCACCCCACACCCACCAAAUGCCCCUUUGGGUUCGUCAGAUCUUCAUCCACAAGCUGCCUUUGUACCUGGGUCUGAAGAGGCCCAAACCUGAGAGAGACCAGAUGCCAGAGCCCCCUCACUCUUCUUCACCAGGAAGUGGCUGGGGUCGGGGAACAGAUGAAUAUUUCAUCCGGAAGCCGUCGAGUGAUUUUCUCUUCCCCAAACCUAACAGGUUCCAGCCUGAUCUGUGUGCCCCGGACCUGCGGCGAUUCAUCGAUGGUCCAAACCGGGCUGUGGGCCUGCCUCCCGAGCUCCGGGAGGUCGUUUCCUCCAUCAGCUACAUAGCUCGACAGCUGCAGCAACAGGAGGACCACGAUGCCCUGAAGGAGGACUGGCAGUUUGUGGCCAUGGUAGUAGACCGCCUUUUCCUGUGGACCUUCAUCAUCUUCACGACUGUCGGGACUCUUGUCAUCUUCCUGGACGCCACAUACCACUUGCCCCCUCCCCACCCCUUUCCUUGAAGACUGGAGGACAGAGCCCAUGUCCUCGGCCAGCUGAAGUAAGAGUUCGGCGGUACUCUCAAGCCCUAUCUUUCUCUGCCUUUUAACUCCUGCACUAGAAAUCCAGCCCUCUUAUUUCGUUUCUGGGGAGGGGGCUGAAGAGGCACUGAGGGCUGGGCAGACGUGUGCCUUGAACCCACCUGAGAUGCACCAUCGGCUUCUUUACUUCUUGGGUUUUGAAGAAGCGCCUUUGAAUAUCAACACCUAGGUCACCAAUUAAAUAGAACAAAAACCAAGAACUAGAUUGUAAGCCUUAGAAGGGCAGGAAAUGUGUAUUGUUCACUGUAGUAUUGUGUUCACUGCAGCACCUUGCACAGGUCCCGACCUAUAGUAAGUGCUUGACUCUUGUUGAAUAGAGAGAAAAUUUCAGAAAGGAAAUACACCAAUUAAUUGUGCUAUGUUUU